CCCGGCUCAGGGGAUCAAACUGGUGUUGGCUGAGUACAAGGUGCCCUGUGGCUGGAUCUUACAAGAUGCCAAGAGAAGAAGCUCACUUGGCCUCUGGUUACCCCAGGAGGGGACAUGGCCACUCCUACAUCACAGCUGAAGAGGCUGCAGGGAUUGGCAUCCUGAUUGUGAUCCUGGGCAUCUCAUUGCUCAUCGGCUGCUGGUAUUGCAGAUGGCGAAGAGGAUACCAGCGCCUGAAGGUUGGUACCGUUUUCAGAGCUGCUGGGAGCCCUGCAGCACCAGCACCCUCCUCCUCUGAGUCUUCCAGGGAUGAGGAUAAUAUUCUCUCAAUAGCUUCUAGUUCUGAUCUGGCUGCUGCUGAGUUUCUGGAAAUUGUGUUCCUUGCACCUCUUCCUGUGUCUCUGCCCAGCAUGCACUCCUGCUUCUGUGGCUCCACCCACCAUGAACCUGAGUGCUGGGUCACUAGGUGUGCUGAGUGCUGAGAGUUUAGGGCUCAGGGCAAGGAUAUGUG